CAGAAGCCGCUCCAGGUGUACCAGGCUCCGUUUCAUUGUUCUAUAGAUCUGCACCUAACCUGUACACGUCUGGCUAGCCGUAUCUGUACAACCUUGUCGUUAGCCGUCGCUUGUUCUCCCCAAACCCUGUAAACCUAGUUUACAAGGUUGAGCACAUAUGGCCGUAUUGUUCAGCAACAGUGCGAAGGUGAACCGUAUGUGCAAUUCCUGUGAUUUUCUGGACCCCUUUGAGUAAUUCUCAGUCUAAGCCUGACCAACGAUAACAACCAUGAUGAACAGCCUAGGCACAGGUGGGACUGGUGAUCCACAGGACUCCUUCGUGGACACCUACGUCGCUACUGGGGUGGGACAUCCCGGUGCACUGAACGAGAUUUCUCGUGAAACCACUAAGAACAACCGUGACGAUCUUGACGAUAUCUUCAAAGAGGUGGAUGAGAUUCUUGAGAACGACAAGGCCAAGUCUGGGCAAUUUUGUUACCUUCCCCUCUUGGAGGAAGCCGGUGCCGACGACGCCAACGCCCGUGAGACCGUUGAGGACUGGCAGCCUGAGAGAGAAGGCCCAGUGAAGCCAACGAUGAAGGAAGGCUGUCGUGUGAAACACGUAGGCCUCCACUACAGGUCCAGUAAAGAGGGGAACGGAAUGCUGUCAGCACAACCCAUCCAACAACAGGGAACUGUUCACCAUCUGCCACAGGAGAUGGUGGGAAGUGUGCAUGCCCAGAACCACCCUCAUUCUGGGUUCCCUCUCAAUCAUCCGGCCACUGACUUCCACUUUGGACCUGUUUACAACAUGGCGGGAUUUGGCAACUGGGGCCCUCAGAGUAGAGGGAUAGGGACUGGUGACCCUGCUCAUGAGAAGAAGAAUGAGCUCCGUUUGGAACUCGAGGUACAUAAAGUUCUGUCACGGCCAUCCAACGCGGGGUCCUGGUACAAGUUCGACGUGCUAAGGACUGAGUUGCAGAUGCUAGAGGCGCCGCUGUGUGGCCUCGUCGCACAGCCAGUCGAGCGAAUUUUAUCCGUUCCUUUAAACCCACAGGACCAGUGAGGAGACACGAGACCUCACCAGAUGUGGAAACCAGUAGAUUGGGUUGCGUCUAAACAAGUCUAGUUUUGCGAUGACUUUUAUAGAGUAUCUGAUCUGCAUCUCAACCUAUAUGAUAAUGCCCACUGUUUGUAUACUGCAUGUUAAACUUUGUAGUAACACACAGUUCUGUAAUAGUUGCAUCUCAUCUUAUUACAAAAGUAGUCAUGCUGCAAAGGUUGGUGUUUGUUUCUACAAGGUAUCAAUCUCAUCUAUCAAUUUGCAAUCUUUGUUAUUAGGCGUUAAUAUCUGCCUAACAUUUCAUGAUUUAGAGAAAGUUUAAAUUUUGAAUGAUGUCUUUUCUAAAUGCUGCCAUGCAAACCACGUCUUUCUACCCUUUCUACCUUUUCUACCUUUCGCAGAUGAAAACACUGUUUACAUCUUCAACUGAUGCACAUCCUUACCCUUACAAUAUACAUUGAUGUGACGUUUGGGAUAGAAUCAUUAUUUGCUUUUUGCUCACCAAACAAUACACGUUAUAUAUGUACGUUAGAAUACAUUUGUACUUUUGUUUCAAAUUAGGUGCGGACCAGCAAUAAAUAGUCGGAGGGUUAAUGACUUAGAAUAAAGCAGAAUGCAAAAACAAUAAAAUUCACUAUUACUUUUAUUACUAUUACAGAAAAACACGAAAGACACUAUUGACUUUGGAUCAAAAUUUCCACUUUGCACCAGGAGGUUGCCUGUUAAAUUUGAACUUGUGUUUGUAUUCAUAUUUACGUGAUUGUGACAUUACACACAUACUCUUUUUUACCGUGCAAGCUUCUGUAGUUGGUUAACGUUGUUCAAAACGCCUUGUACGACGAGGCAGUGAGUGUUGCCACAGAAAACUUACAAAUGGGGCCCGGGCCAUUUGUGUAAUCUCUUGUGUGUAUAACACUGUUUGCUUCCAGCUGUGUUGAUGAUAUCGUAAAACUACAUACGCCGAAUAGCAAUUACUCGUCAGUGUCGGAUGUUAUCUGAAACUUCUGACCGUUUCCAAAAUAAUAUCCAGCUGCUGGAGUAAUUGCUAUUUGGGUUCCCUUGUUACCUGGAUGUCUAUCCUUCAUCGACGCAUCGUAAAAUUAUGUCUGGCAAAAAUGUCGUGUGCUGGCUAAUGCUUAUCGAACAAUUUCUCCUUUUGUGAAGCAAAUAAAAAUGGCGUGCACCAAGUAUCAUUGAGAA